ACACAAUCCAAACCAAAUUCCUCUCCAAUGACCUCCCUAACCACCACCGCGGGCCUCGCCCACGCGGCCUCCACCCUUCCAAUCGCCUACUUCCCCCUAAACUACUACAACGGCCCCAACCACAAAAUCUCCACCAACCUAAUCAGCGACCACCGAACCAUCGAAGUCGUCUACGACCUCGGCAGCGAUACCUUCUGGACCUUCGGCCCCAACUCCACCGAGAACUGGGGCUGCACGUCGCUCUUCUGCCCAGGACCCUGUAACAUCACCGUAACCGACUACUACGACUGGCCCGCCUCCAGCACAGCCAGCAAGCCCUCCCCGGCCUCCUUCUUCGCCUCCUACGGCGACUUCACCAAGUUCGUCUCCGGCGACAUCACCAUCAACGACACCCUCACCUUCACCUCCGUCGCGGACCAAUCCAGCACCAUCCCCAACGUCGAAGUCGCAGUCGUAAACUACAUGCAACAGCGUCUCGGAACAGACGGGACCUGUAACGGUGGCGUGGCCUACGAUCUGGGAAUCCUGGGCGUGGCGCCCUACCAGCACUCUGCCUCGUGGAAUACCAGUGGCCCGAACGUUCGUCAUGAGCUCCUCCAGCAGGGGACUAUCUCUGCCCCGGUGCAUUGCAUGUGGUUUGACCAGGCCCCGGAGGCCAUUAACGGGACUUAUACCGGCGGGGCUAUAAUGGGGGGCAUUGAUACCUCUAAGUUCUCGGGGCAGUUGGUCGAAGUCAUAUCGGAACGAUCCGACCCGUCAGAUCCCACAGCCGCCUCGGUGGGAUACUACGUCCCUCCGCCGAGCAUCUCCGUCAACGGGACAAUCCUCUCGGAUGUCUCCGCGGCGUUGGGCUCCCAGUGCCAGAUUGACUCCGGGACGAGUAUGGAUUCUCUCCCCAUUGGGAAUCAGACUGCGUUUCAAUUGGCUACGGGAGUUGUCACGACCCCGGAGGGGUAUCUUGCUUGGCCGGGGGAGUGUGCUUCUAUCCCUGGGGAUGUGACGCUUGAUAUGGAGUUCCAGGGGAAGAAGGAUGGGGAGUCGGUGACGGUUAAGGUGCCGUUGAGGAACUAUGCUAGGGAUGGGUAUACUGUGGAAAGUGGGUACUGUGCGUUGAAUUUUGAGUUGGAGGGGUGUUUGCUUGCGUCGCCGUUUUCGACGGCGGCGUUUUUUGCGGCGGAUGAUGAGAGGGGAAGUAUUGCGUUGGCGCAGGGGGGUGUGGCGGAGAGGGGGAGUGGGGUUGAUUAUGGGAGGGUGGUUGAUAGUAUUCCGGUUUAGGGUUGUAUCUGGGGGAUGGAGGCAUUGGAUUUUUUGGGGGGGUGAAUGGUGGGAUGCGGGACUGAUUUAUUGAUCUUAUAUCUCAGUCCAUCUGGGGCCGUUCUCGAGGCAUCAAUACUCGUGUAUACGGUUCGUGUGAAAAUUACUGGUUAAUUCUAAUAGCUGUACAGAGAGAUUUGACACAGCCCCUUCUCCCAGAGAAAUCGAGAAUAAAAC